AUGAAGUUUUCGAUUACUACAGGACAAUCCGGGGUAAACACCAACCUCAACGCUCGAGGAUCGUUCGGCGGUCCAGAGCAGCGUCGGAUUUUUCGCAGAAUAGGGCCGAAAUCGAGAGCUCUCGCGGCCAUCUCUACGCUCGUGUAUACGCGAGAGUCAACCACGGACAAAAGAUCCGACAACAUGACGGGGAGAAGCAAGCCCACCUCACCCUACCCUCCAUACUUUUAUUCCUCUUCUCAACAUCACAUCCGUGCCGCCGGGUGGAUGGAAGUGGUUGCGUUUAGACUUGUUGGCGUUCCGACAUCACGGUUUCGUGGCGUCUACGCGUUUCGAUCGAAGAUCUCCCUCCAAUUUAAGUGGCAAUGUCUGAUGACUGUCGACGAGUCGCGACGCGAGCAUCUUGGCACCUUCGAUUCAGAACUAGCUGCUGCCCACGCAUUUGAUGUGCGCGCUAGAGCAGUUGGGCGCUCGUCUGAAUGUAACUUUGAGACAGAAGUUGGGUUGACGGGCGUCAAUUCCGAGGCGGUUUCCGAACUUAGUGAGCAUACUAGCGGGCAGAGUUGUCCGCUACUUACGAGUAGUGUUCCAUGGGCGCACGUCAUCUGUGAAUGUCGACUCUUAAUUCUUGCUAGUUUGCCUGCUACCGCGAGUCGUGCUUGGCCUGCUGGAGCACCGCCACGAGGAGAUGGUCAACCACACCGAGUAGGAAAUUGUAGCACAGGGGCCCGUGCCGAGGUCCCACAGUCGCGCUUCAAAGGGGUGUAUUUCGUCCUGGGCGGCCGAUGGGAGGCAAAGAUUACCUAUCGAUCGAAGUCUAAGCACAUUGGUACCUUUGACACGGAGGAGGAAGCAGCUCGUGCAUUUGAUGCUCGCGCUCGCUAUCUUGGGGUUCCAGAGCGCUGCAAUUAUGAUGAACGAGGCAAUGAAGCCAUGGAUCAAGCAUCUGAGCCAUUCCGGGGCGUUCGACGAUCACGAAACAAAUGGCGGGCUGUAAUCUCCGUUGAUGGUCAGUCAGUGAACUUAGGAAUCUUUGACACCAAGGAGCAGGCAGCUGAGGUGUGCCGCGCGGCGGAAUGUCAGAACGCCGAACGAAAGCGCAAUGCGCUUUCGGGAAUCAAUAUACCACCCAGGAACUCUGCGGCGAAUAGUGUCACAUCCAUCUCAUCACCCCUAGCUGGUAGCCCAGUAUCAGAUUCUUCUCAGCAUCGUAAGCGGGCUCGUGGGACAUCAUGCGACAUGCUAUUCGAUUUCGGCCCGAUGGGCACCGCUUCGCCGCACCAGCCGGUUGCGUCUGAUAUCCUGUCAGCGACUAUGAUUCAAGACCCGUCGAUAAGCCAUAGGCUGCCGCAGUUACAGUACCAGACCAUGCUCCCCAUUCAACCAUGCCAACGCCAGCCUCCACCUCAAUUGAAUGCAUCGUUAUCCCCCCUGCACGAUCGAAACCUGGUUGGCGCUUAUUGGGUACCAAAACCCCAACAAAAGUCGCUGUCGCAUAUGAUUCCUACACAGUCGUCAACACAGUCAAUAACACAGCAUUGUGACAGCACCUCAGGCCGUCAGGGUCAGUGGUUCUCACGUCUUAACACCCUCGGUGAACCAGAAUUUUUGUUCGCACAAGUACCUCCCGCUAAU